UCGGACUGUGAUCAAAACGCUACGGACGUCGAGAACAACCGGUGAGUGUAAACCAAGAAUCAACGUUCAAAACACUCUGCCGAUUUCUUCGAAGCAAUUUGCAGUGAACGAUGAGAUCAAACAUUGUAUCGGAGGCAGGGUUUCCUACAAGAUUUAAGCAAUGGUGGGAAGGCAUACCAUUCCUUACUUCUGUGGUGGUUGCAGUUUGUGCCGUGAUUUACUUGGUUUGUCUUUUGGUUGGCUAUGACUCUUUUGCAGAAGUAUGUUUCUGGCCCUCUGCUGUUAUUUCAAAGUUUCAAGUUUACAGGGUUUUCACUUCUAUAUUCUUUCAUGGUUCAAUACUUCAUCUCGUAUUCAAUAUGUUGGCCCUGGUUCCUUUAGGCUCAGAGCUGGAGAGAGUUAUGGGCUCAAUCCGUUUGUUGUACAUGAUUGUUCUGUUGGCUACAAGCAGCGCUAUUUUUCACCUUCUAAUUACAUUAAUAGCUGCCUACAACCCCAUUCACUCGUAUUACCAUUUUAUGGAUGAGUGUGCGAUUGGCUUCUCUGGCGUUCUCUUCUCUAUGAUUGUUAUAGAGACGAGUCUAAAUGGAGUCCAAUCUAGAAGUGUGUUUGGACUUUUUAAUGUGCCUGCUAAGUUGUAUCCAUGGAUAUUAUUGGUGGUGUUCCAGCUUCUCAUGACAAACAUUUCAUUGCUUGGACACUUAUGUGGGAUUUUAUCUGGAUUUGCAUACACUUAUGGAUUAUUCAACUUUAUAAUACCGGGGAGCUCUUUCUAUUCGGGCAUAGAAUCCUCUUCUUGGCUUUCAACUUGUGUGCGUAGACCAAAAUAUAUAAUGUGCACAGGUGGGGAGCCUUCUGGAUACAUCCCUACAUAUUCCACUCGUAAUACAGCAUCCAGUGAAUCGCUUUCUGGGAAUAUGUGGUCAAACUUGUCUUCAUGGAUGCCACGGAGAGAGGUUCCUUCCCAGUCAACAGAAGAAAGUAGCAGGUUCCCUGGCCGUGGAAGGACACUUGGUGCACCCCAAAUGGAAACAGUAUCCAACAACAGUUCUGACUCGAGCCUACAGGCUAGACUGUUGGAAACCCCUGUCCGCCCUUCAACUCAGGAACCUAUAGGUGCAGGACAGCAGAGAAAUGAUAGAAGGCAGCCAGGGAUAGAUAACACAGCAGCUGCAACUAUGGGCUCCCCUGUCAGUCAGGUCACAGUUGCAUCAGAUGAAGACAUUCAAAAGCUUCUAGCAAUGGGUUUUGAUAAGACACAGGUGGAAGUUGCCAUAGCAGCUGCAGAUGGAGAUGUGAAUGUAGCUGUUGAAAUACUCAUGAGCCAACAGGGAUGACUUGAAAAGGUUGUUUCUUAACGGAAAAACGCAUAUCCGGCUUAGGGAGGCAUCGUGCUUGUGGAUAUUUGUCUCUAUGUCUAAUGAUCUUUCCAACUGUACCUUCUUUCAGAUCUUUAGUUUUGAUUUAGACUAUCAUAUACUUGAAGAACGAAAAAAUGUGAACUUGUCGUGUUAAUGAUUAGGGCAAUUAGCGUGUGAUGACUAGGACUCACCGCUUAUCGGAAACUGCACUUUUUUAUGUACUUAAAAGUGGUUGUAUAUGAUUGCUGCUGAAAUUUUAUGCGAUCCAGGGUUGGCUUCCC